AGAGUUUGUUGACAAUUUUCAGCAUGAAAGUAAACUGAGCUCAAGCCGGUAUUACAGUUAAAAUUACGAUCAUUUCAGUGCCAUAAUUUUCGGUAUAACCAAAUGCUUCUAAAGAAAUGUUUCAGCCACGGCAUACGUGUGCUCCGAACCCGCAAAUUUUCCAUCAGGCAGCACAUAGUUGUGCAUCCAGAUGUACGACAUGCCCUGGCACAGAAGCAUCCUGUUGUGGCUCUCGAGUCGACAAUUAUAACGCAUGGCAUGCCCGUGCCAGAGAAUGUGGAAACAGCACUGCAGGUGGAGCAGGAGGUGCGCAACAAGGGCGCCAUCCCAGCCACCAUUGGCAUCAUUGAUGGCUGCAUCAAAGUUGGCCUCACGCAGGAGGAGCUCAUGGAGCUGGCGCAAAAGCCACGCGAGGAGGUCAUCAAAUGCUCACGCCGGGAUCUGCCCUAUGUGGUGGCGAUGCAGCAAAGUGGAGGCACAACGGUAGCUGCUACAAUGAUUGUGGCACAUCGCGUGGGCAUCCCCAUCUUUGCGACGGGCGGCAUUGGCGGUGUGCAUCGUGAGGGUCACAUCACAUUGGACGUGUCCGCUGAUCUAGUCGAGCUGGGCCGCACGCCGGUGGCUGUGGUCUGCAGCGGCGUCAAGUCCAUAUUGGAUAUACCGCGCACGCUCGAAUAUCUGGAGACGCAGGGCGUGUGCGUGGCCAGCUAUGAGAGUACAGGCGGUGUGUUUCCCGAUUUUUAUACGCGUGACAGCGGCUCGAAGGUGCCCUACAAUCUGCCCACAGCUGCGCAUGCGGCGCAGCUGUUGCGCGCCUGGCGCCAGCUGGAACUACAGUCCGGCGUGCUUAUAGGCGUGCCCAUACCAGCUGAAUAUGCCGCCAAUAAGUCUGACAUAGAUGCGGCCAUCCAGGCAGCCAAUGCUGAGGCGCAGGCACAGGGCAUUAGUGGCAAGGAGGUCACGCCUUUUCUGCUUGCCCACAUCUCACAGCUAACCCAGGGGCGCAGUCUGCAGGCGAACAUUGCGCUGAUCCGGAACAAUGCGGCCGUGGCCGCACAAAUUGCCUGCGAGUUGGCAGCUAGCAGCCGGAGCACACCUGCCAUCGCCAAGAGUAGCUUGAAGAAACCUCUAGUUGUGGGCGCCUCCAUACUGGAUUUGAGCUUUAAGGUCACCGAGCAGCGGCAGAUGCAGCUGGACGGUGCCACCUAUUCGGCUGUCACCAAGCAGGCAGCCGGCGGCGUUGGACGCAACGUGGCCGAGGGCAUCUAUAAGCUGUAUGGCGAUGUGAAUCUAAUUUCGGCCGUUGGCGGCGAUCAGCUGGGACAUAUACUGCGCCAACUGAUGCCGGCGGCGCUGCAAAGUGGCCUUAUCGUAGAUAAGAAGCGCGCCACAUCCCUCUGCUCGCUGAUCUUCGAUCAGGCCGGCGAUUGUAAGCUCAUCCUGGGCGAUAUGGAGGUGCAUAGAAGCAUUACACCCGAAGUGCUGGCGGCACGUGCCGACCUAUUCCGCGCCGCGCCACUUAUUGUGAUGGAUAGCAACAUCUCGGAGCAGGCGAUGGCCUGCUUGCUGCAGCUGGCGCAGCGCUACCAAGUGCCCGUCUUCUUUGAGCCGACGGACAUGUUUAUAGCCGGCAAACCUUUCAGGCUGCGCCCGGAGCUCAUCGAGCACAUACGCCUGCUCAAGCCGAACAUGCACGAGCUGAAGACCAUUGUGGAGACCAUCACGGGGCAGUCAGUCGACUGGCAGCCGGACACAAAAGUGCAGCGCUCAGAGCUUUUGGAGCAGGCGAAGCAGCUGCUACAACGCAUCGAGUGCCAUUUCAAUUGUAUUAUUGCCACGCUGGGCGAUCACGGCGUCCUGCUCAGCAUUCGCUCCGAUGCCGAAUUCGAUGCAAGCAAGCUGCUCGCACUCUCGCCCAGCUGUGGGCACAUCACGCGCUUCUAUGCGGCACCCAAGCUGCACAACAUCGUCAAUGUGUCCGGCGCGGGCGACAGCUUCUGUGCCGGCUUCAUAACGGCGCUGCUCAAGGAGCAGUACAGCCUGGACGAGUGCGUGGCGGCGGGCUUUGUAUCAGCCGAACGGGCGCUGCUAUCGGAGUCCGCGGUCCCGGCCACCUAUUUCCACGAUGCGCAGGCCUUCGAGAGCAGCCUUCAGCAGACGCUGAAAACUCUGCAGCGGCAGAGCAUCUAGACAGACUGACGGACACAGUUAAA